GACCAUUAAUACUGUUUUGCCACGGAUCGUCGGCAAAUUGGGGUAAAUGCACCAACAAGAAUGAGUAACUGAAGAUAAAUCAAAUGUUGUGAGGGGAAAAAAACUCUCUUUUGAUUUCAGAUGUCUCAAGAAUCAGUUGAAAUUAGGCAAUGUCUGCAUCACAGCGUCCUCAUAGCUGCACUGAUUGUGUUUACUCAAGACCUGAGCAGCAGAGGAGGAGCACAGGCAUGGACCUACAACUACAGUGUCAGUCCAAACCGGAGAUGGCCUGAGGCCCGCCAGUGGUGCCAUCAGCAUUUCACAGCAAUGGUUGCUGUCCAGAACCAGGAGGAGGCUGACUUCAUCAACAAUCUGCUGCCAUUUAACCAAAAAUAUUACUGGACAGGCAUUCACAAAGUGGCUGGAGUGUGGACCUGGGAAGGAACCAAUAAGAAUGUGCCUGAAGAUGCUCAGAACUGGGCGCCAGCGGAGCCAGAUAACAUAAAGGGUCAGGACUGUGUGGAGAUAUACAUUAAGAGGGUGAAAGACACAGCCAAAUGGAACAAUGAGAAAUGCCACAAUAAGAAGGGAACUGUCUGCUACUCUGCCUCUUGUACACAGGAUUCCUGCAGUGUCCAUGCAGACUGUGUGGAGACCGUAGGGAACUAUACCUGCCAGUGCCAUCCUGGUUUCCUUGGGCCACGCUGUGAAGAGGCAAUUACAUGCAAACCCUUGCCAGAUCCAGAAAAAGGUUCUCACUACUGUUUCCAUCCCUAUGGGUCUUAUCGUUUCAACUCUUCUUGCCGUUUCCACUGUGAGCUUGGCUUUCACUUGGUCGGCGUGCCCCAACUGUUUUGCGAAACCAGUGGAUAUUGGAACCACCCUGUUCCUCUGUGUCAAGUUGAACAGUGUCAAGUUCUGAACCACACCAACAUCAGCGGAGGUAGUAUGAACUGCAGCCACCCCAUUGCGCCUUACAGCUACAACUCCACCUGUCAGGUCAGGUGUGAUGAAGGCUACGAGCUCCAUGGAGAGGACCAGAUACAUUGUGACCACGCAGGCCAGUGGACAGCCAGUGUCCCAGCAUGUACAAGAAAAAAGUGCCCCCCCAUUUUCUUUCCUGUUAUGGGAAACGUGACAUGUAUGGACACUCUGGAGCCUUUCUCCUUUAGCUCACAGUGUAACUUCACCUGCCAGGAAGGCUACUACCUGACUGGAGACAAUGCACUCACCUGUCUGGCUUCAGGACAAUGGAGCAAACCUACACCUACUUGCACAGUGAUACAGUGCAACAGUCUAGUGGCUCCACCCCAUGCCUCCGUGCAAUGCCAGGACCCUUUAGGAAUUUACAGCUAUGACUCAAUAUGCACUUCUCAAUGUGAAGAGGGAUUUGAUCUUAUUGGCACAAACAUGACAAAAUGUUCCUCACAGGGCAACUGGAGUCACACACUUCCUAUCUGCCAGGCCAAGAGGUGCAAUCCCAUAAAUUCGCCCCCUCAUGGCUCCCUUUCCUGUUCUGACCCAAAUGGUUCCUUCAGUUUUGGUUCUCGGUGCACGUCAACCUGUGAUGAGGGUUUUCUCCUGAAUGGGACAGCCAGUGCUGAGUGCACCUCUCUGAGCACAUGGAGCACAGACAUCCCACGUUGCUUGGCUAAAAAAUGUCCCACUCUGAACUCUCCCACCCAUGGCUCUUUAUCCUGCUCUGAUCUCCAUGGAGAGUUCAGUUUUGGCUCUCGGUGCAGGUCAACCUGUGAGGAGGGUUUUCUUAUGAAUGGAACAGCUGAGACGGAGUGCACCUCUGUGGGCACGUGGAGCACAGGCAUCCCACAUUGCUUGGCUAAAAAAUGUCCCACUCUGAACUCUCCCACCCAUGGCUCUUUAUCCUGCUCUGAUCUCCAUGGAGAGUUCAGUUUUGGCUCUCGGUGCAGGUCAACCUGUGAGGAGGGUUUUCUUAUGAAUGGGACAGCUGAGACGGAGUGCACCUCUGUGGGCACGUGGAGCACAGGCAUCCCACAUUGCUUGGCUAAGAAAUGUCCCACUCUUAACCCUUCCCCUCAUGGCUCCUUCUUCUGCUCUGAUCCCCAUGAAGAGUUCAGUUUUGGUUCUCGGUGCACGUCAACCUGUGAGGAGGGUUUUCUUAUGAAUGGAACAGCUGAGACGGAGUGCACCUCUGUGGGCACGUGGAGCACAGGCAUCCCACAUUGCUUGGCUAAGAAAUGUCCCACUCUUAACCCUUCCCCUCAUGGCUCCUUCUUCUGCUCUGAUCCCCAUGAAGAGUUCAGUUUUGGUUCUCGGUGCACGUCAACCUGUGAGGAGGGUUUUCUCCUGAAUGGGACGGCUGACACUGAGUGCACCUCUCUGGGCACAUGGAGCCAAGAAAUAGCCCACUGUCUGGCUCGUCCAUGCCCCCUAUUGGCCAAAGCCCCAACGCAUGGGAGGAUGAACUGUAGCCAUCCAUACUCCCCUUUCAGCUAUGACUCCCGCUGUGACUUUGAAUGUAAUGAGGGUUUCUGGCUGAGAGGAACACCAACUAUGACAUGCAACAAUUCAGGCCAUUGGAGUCAGGAUCUACCCACCUGCCGGCCGGUACAGUGUGAGGCCAUCCAUGCCUUGUCUUUACCCCUGUCUAUGAACUGCUCCCACCCUCUGGGGAAUUUCAGCUUUGGCUCCCAGUGUCUUUUUACCUGUACAGAUGGAUUCUACCUGAAUGGCACUGAGGCGCUGCUUUGCUCCUCCGCUGGGUUUUGGAGUGACAGUCUCCCUGACUGCACAGAGGAUAUGCCCGUGGGGUCUGCCAUCUUGAUGUACACUGGAGUUGGGGCAGCCUCUGUUGUCGUGCCACUUGUCCUGAUAGGCCUGGCUUUGUUGAUUUUGACAGCAUUUAAGAAAAGAGGAAAUACACUCAUGUCUGAUGUGCCAUCAUGGGAAGAAAGAGAGAAUCCAGCAUUUGAGUUUUGAUUUUUCGUUUUUGUUCCUUUUUGAGACUUUUGAUUUUUGCAGCAAGUCCUUUUAAUUACUGCAACUUAAUGCUUGCUGUUUUUAUGAUACGAUUAGAGCUUUACAUUAACUGUGAUUUUAAUUUCCACUCUGACAGGCUCUAAAAUUUAGAUAACCAAGCAAUUGUUACACAUUUUACAUGAAAAGCGUCACCUUUUGUUAUUGUAAAUGAACCCAAAAUUGUGCAUGGCAGACAUACAGUAAAGUUUGUGUUCAGCUUUUGCUUUGUUUCCUGCUUGUACAUCCCUUACAUUGUGUUGUCACUUUAGUUGUCAAUAA